UCUGCUCCUUGAACCGGCUCCCUUCCCCCGCAGCGAGGCCCGGCUGCCCCCUGAAGGCCACGCCCUCCUGGCUCCUUCUUCACCCCCAGCUGCCAGACUUCAUUAAUCUCUGCAGCAAUCGCUUGGCUGGGCCAGCACCUGCAGGGGAAUUCACGGAAUCCAGAAAAACCUGCUUUUUGGUUUUCGGGUUUUAUUUUUAAUACCAUCAUGGUGAGAUAAACUAGGCCAAUAAAGGAUUUUUUUCUGUAUUGUAACCGUUCAUCAAAGCAGACACGGGGCAGAGCAUCCUCUGUAAAACCAGUCACACGGACUCUAGGCCAGUGGCAUCGUCUCUCCUUGUUUUCCUGCUGCUACUUGAGAGAGGCAUGUUCUCUCCGUCCUCACCGCCCGCCCGGCUGUUAGAGAAGGUCAUCCAAUACAUCGAUCUCCAUCAGGAUGAAUUUGUCCAGACGCUGAAGGAGUGGGUGGCCGUUGAGAGCGACUCCAUCCAGCCUGUGCCUCGCCUCAGACAGGAGCUCUUCCGAAUGAUGGCCCUGGCUGCAGACAAGCUCCGGCGCCUGGGAGCCAGCGUGGACUCCGUGGACGGGGGCUCUCAGCAGCUGCCCAAUGGUCAGACUCUCCCGAUCCCUCCCAUCAUCCUAGCCGAACUGGGGAAUGAUCCGAAGAAACCCACUGUGUGCUUCUACGGCCACCUGGACGUGCAGCCUGCUAGAAGGGAAGAUGGGUGGCUCACGGACCCUUACACGCUGACGGAGGUGGACGGAAAACUUUACGGACGAGGAGCAACAGACAACAAAGGCCCCGUUUUAGCAUGGAUUAAUGCUGUGAGCGCAUUCAGAGCCAUGGAAGAGGAUCUCCCCGUGAAUAUCAAAUUCAUCAUUGAAGGGAUGGAAGAAGCAGGUUCUGUCGCUCUGGAGGAGCUUGUCAGAAGAGAAAAGGACCGGUUCUUCUCCAGUGUAGACUACGUGGUAAUUUCAGAUAAUCUGUGGAUCAGCCGGAGGAAGCCAGCGCUCACCUGUGGAACACGAGGGAACAGCUACUUCACUGUGGAGGUGAAAUGCAGAGAUCAAGAUUUUCAUUCAGGAACCUUUGGUGGUAUCCUUAAUGAACCAAUGGCUGAUUUGAUUGCUCUUCUCGGUAGCCUUGUAGACUCAUCGGGUCAUAUUCUGAUCCCUGGAAUCUAUGACCACGUGGCUCCUCUUACUGAAGAGGAAAAAAAAAUGUACAAAGCCAUUGACCUGGACCCAGAAGAAUACCGGAAUAGCAGCCAGGUUAAGAAAUUUCUGUUUGACACCAAGGAGGAAAUUCUAAUGCACCUAUGGAGGUACCCAUCUCUUUCUAUUCACGGGAUUGAGGGCGCCUUUGAGGAGCCUGGAGCUAAAACAGUCAUACCUGGCCGAGUUAUAGGAAAAUUUUCAAUCCGUCUAGUCCCUCACAUGAAUAUGUCCGUGGUGGAAACACAGGUAAAGCAGCAUCUUGAAUAUAUAUUUUCCAAAAGAAAUAGUUCCAACCAGAUGGUUGUUUCUAUGGCACUAGGACUACACCCAUGGAUCGCAAAUAUUAAAGAUAAUCAGUAUCUUGCAGCAAAAAGAGCCAUCAAAACAGUGUUUGGAACAGAGCCAGAUAUGAUCCGGGAUGGAUCAACCAUACCAAUUGCCAAUAUAUUCCAGGAUGUUAUCCAAAAGAGUGUGAUGAUGCUCCCACUGGGCGCUGUGGACGAUGGAGAGCACGCGCAGAAUGAGAAAAUCAACAGGUGGAACUACAUAGAGGGAUCCAAAUUAUUUGCUGCCUUUUUCCUAGAGAUGGCUAAGCUGCAUUAACAAUGACGGGAACCUUCCAGCUUACAUCUGAGCUGCUGACAGAUCCCCUCUCUCACACCCCUGGACAGGAAUAGAAUCUAAAUAUCCAGAGAAUUUCAGUCCAGUAAAUAAUAUUUUCCCUCUUUAAUAUGUGUUUGGACAUUUGGACCAGUAAUAAAAUAUUUUAAAGGUACAGACA